ACGAGAGGGCAUUACAAAAUGUUUCAAGUUCAUCUAAAACUAAGGAAGAGAAAAUCAAAGAUUUAAGAUCGCGAGUAUCAUGCAAAAUUAAAAACUGGAAGAAAUGGUGGAUUAUUGUAGCGAUGUGGAAAAUCUAGAACUCAUAUCCCCACUAGUGCCUCUGAAAGGAGACGAAGUUUGGAAGGACGGUCAAGUUAUAUUAACAACUCAGAAUACAAAUGCAGCUCCACAAGACAGCAUUUCAACUAAGCAUAUCUCACUUAUUCAUGGUAUGAAUGACCAAGAUUGUCGCCAGCUGCUUGCCCUGUACCGAAGUACCUUAUCGUGUACCGAGGUCGAUGAUCCAUUACUACUAGAAGAGGUGGCUGAGAAGUUAGAUCGUCAACCACUCGCCAUGGCUGCGGCAGCUGUGUAUAUGAAACAAGUCAUCAAGAGUUCCCCAGAUUUUUCGUGGCGAGAUUAUUUAGGAAAGCUUGAGAAAGGUAAAAGAGGAUUAACGGAAAAACGUCUUCAGCAGAUAAAUUCAGCAGCAUAUUCGUCCACCAUGAGCACAGCAGUGCUGUUAGCUGUUGAAAAAUGUACAGAAAAUAACACAAUCCUUAAACACGCUUUCAACCUUUUCUCUUUGAUAUCGUUUGAACCAUUACCACUUGAUCUUGUUGUAAUAUACAUUCGGCAACAAGAUAUCGAUAUAGAUGUCGAGGAUAUCCUUCUUGAAAUGCAAUUUUCUUCGUUAUUUCUUCAUGUCGGAAAUGAAGAGAAGGAUGUUCGACUGCAUCGUGUUGUUCAUGAUGCAAUCAAAACAUUUUGUGGUGCUAAAGCACUCAAUGAUACCUCUGUUUCCGAAGACGAGAUUCCAAAUAAAAAAGAAAAAAUGAACAGUGUAAUUUACAUGGUUCUAAAAACAAUGGUUUGCUUCUUUCACAGGAAAGAUAAAAUCAAAUUGGUUCCACAUUUGAAAGCAUUUCACGAAGAAAAAAUGAACAGUGUAAUUUACAUGGUUCUAAAAACAAUGGUUUGCUUCUUUCGCAGGAAAGAUAAAAUCAAAUUGGUUCCACAUUUGAAAGCAUUUCACAAAGAAAUUAAAAGAAUGUUUCCUAAACAAGCAUUACACUCGAUAUGCUCAAACUUUGACAGCACUGAAAUUUCUCAAAUGUACCUGUUUUUCGGGAAAACUUUACGCUACUUUUCCGAACUUAAUCUUUCUAUGGAAUUUCAACAUGAGGCAUUGAAAGUUCAAUUGGAACAAGCAGAACCAAACCUCAUUGACGUUGCUGAUUCAUACGACAGCCUGGGUAAUGUGUAUAGCGACAAAGGUGAUCUUGAACAGAAUUAG